AUAGUUAUCGUAACAGUGAUUAGGGUUGUGUAGUUGUGUGUUCCGCGUCGUGUGGCAUCUAUAAUGGCGUGUGGCUGGUGUGGUACGUGACAUAAGACACCCACACGAUCUGCUCGGACAAGAUGGUCAGCUACCAGACGACCCUGCUGAUGGUUCCAGAACCAACAUGCCGAGACCGCUACAACGUGCAUAACGUGAGCUACUUCCAGACCUGGACUUGCUUCCUGUGCUUCAGUUACCUGUUCCCUGAUCACCUGAAGACAGGUGGGCUGAGGAACAUGAGCUCACAGCUGCUGCAGCAGGUGUUGGAGUUUGAUGUGGAGGACCAGUGUAAGGGGGUGGGGGAGCUGGGGUGUUCCAGACUUCGGCAAUGUUGCCAGGCGGCAAAAGACUGUUGUGAGCAACAGGUCAACCACCCUCUGACCCUGCCGGGAUCAAGCAAACUGUGCCCUAUGACCUGGGAUGGGUUCGCCUGUUUCCACCCUACACCUGCAGGUCACACGGCGAGAGUCUUUUGUCCCUGGUACAUAGCAGAGAGGACUCUAGACGAUAUUGCUGAGAAAACCUGCACGGAGAACGGCACGUGGUGGAGAGAGCCGGGGGACGGGCAAGAAUGGACGGACUACACCAACUGUGUAUCUCUUGAGCGCUACCGAAUCCUGUACCUUGCCGGAGUGUCCUGCAAUAUUUGUAGUAUUGUCUGUCUGUUACCUGGUUGUGCCAUAUUUCUCACGUUCAGGCAGCUGAGGAACCAGCAUCGUAUCCGCAUCCAUCUGAACUUGUUCGUGUCCUUCACCCUGACCAACGCAGUUUCAAUCUGCUGGGACCACGUGAUCUUCCGCGACCGACUGGAGAACUCGCGGGAACAUGCGAGACUACAUCAAAACAUUGCUGUGUGCAGGGUGUUGUAUGUGCUGUUGAGGUACUCGUGGGCCUGCAACUUCCUGUGGAUGUCUCUGGAAGGUUUUCACCUGUACAGGUUGAUCAACCACGCCUUCCACACGCCCAAGUCCAUCGUCUGCUAUUAUUUCGUCGGCUGGUUAUUGCCGUGUGUGCCUAUUGGAAUCUACUCCGCCAUUCGAGGUUUACAGUCACACCCUGGAUGCUGGGUCAACAAUGCUGGCACCAUUGAAUGGAUCCUCUAUGGACCUAACCUCACCUGUAUUUUGCUAAAUCUGGCGUUUCUACUCAUCAUUUUAAGAAUUUUGGUCACACAGAUCCAAACACAUCGGAAUGAGCCGAGCAAUUACAGACGUGCCUUAAAGGCGACCUUUAUCCUGGUGCCUCUCUUCGGCCUUCACCUUUUCCUGAUAGUCUACAGACCUGGCAAGGAUAGUGUGGCUGACUUCACAUACGAGGUUCUAGCUAAAGUCAUCAGUCACUCACAGGGUGCAUUAGUGGCAGUAAUAUUUUGUUUUCUUAAUGGUGAGGUACACAGCCAGUUCGGGGGACGGCACUCCAGGUGGCGCCACUCAAACAAUGACGUCAGGAGCUGCACCUUCUCCACCGGAGACGCGCACCGCCAGCCGCGAGAGGGCACCACUCGUCGUGAGUGCAUUCCUCUCAGCACCGCCUCGGGUGCUCAUACCAGCUCCGAUGACGUCAUAUCCUGCUUCUGGCCGCAGCUCUGUUCAACACGAGGAAAUGGCCGGGGUGACAGACGAUACCAUUAACUGUAACAGUCACGCUAAAUCAUUAACUGUAACAAACAGUCACGCUAAAUCAUUAACUGUAACCAACUGUCACCAUAAAUAAUUAAAUC